CCGACACAUUAAACACCCCUGCCCAUUUGUAAGCCCUAUCAUUCAUGCUCGACCUCCCCUGUUCGCCCCCCGCACCCUUUCACAGUUUCACUCCUCACCAAAGCAAAAAACCUAAACGCGUGAAAAUCAAAUCAUAGGAAGCUAAGCUAUAUAAUCUUCAAACAUCAAAAUUUAGGGUUUUUGGCGAACAAUUAAUUAACAUAGUUAAAGAUGGAGGAUCAAAAGAAGUUCAAAGUGUUAUCAACAGAAUCAAUUCACCAGUUUCAAGAAGGCAUAUCACUGAUACUUUCUAAAUGGUGGGCACUUCAAAUGGCUAUAGAAAACAACUGGGGAGGCCCUCAUUCUCGUGACAAAGCUCUUGAAUUUGCUUCCCAGAUUUUCUAUUUCUUCCACCAACCUAAUCGUAAAGAAACCAUUUACAUAGAUGAUUUAGAACUAUUGCUAGAGGAAGGGAUGCAUUCUUUUAAUACAGAAGUGGAGGACGGAAGUAUUGAGGAGGUGGCAGAGCAAUUGAUGAUCAUGCAUGAAGAGUGUUUGGAAGGCGACUACCAAUCAAUUCUGAAGUUGAAGCAAGUGAAAGCAAUGCCUGUUCCUCGUGCAAGACAGGAUGCAAGUGAUAGUGAUGACGAUGAAGCUAAUGAGAGCACGGGAAAUGACGAGGCUUCAUACAUGAUGAUUGAUUCACCAGCAUCCUUGCCAAACUCUAAUCCUACUCAAAUUCAGAAAAACGACGGUAUCCAGGAGCAGAUGGCUGAAGCUGAAGAUGGAUGGACUGUAGUUCCUUCGAGAAAGAGUAAAGGACGGAAGAAUUAGCUUAAGAUCCAAUGAGUACCCCCUUAAACCCUAAAAAUUGAAUACUGUUUAUCUUUCCCUUGCUUCCAAUUUUGCUUUCCUAUUGUCUUUUAGCACUCGAUGUAUUUUGAAGCUUGAUAUACAUGUGUACUCGUAUAUUGAGCAAUGUCGGUUAUGAAGAGAAUGACUUAUAUGACUGUUAUGUUGAGCGCACUUGUUAAUUUUUUUUCCGACUUGAAAUCGACCCAAUAUAUAACACUGUUAUGUUGAAUGGAAUCAAACGUUUGUGUAAUUGCCCAGUUUAUUUAAACAAAUCUACUGUGGUAGCAUUUGUAAUGCUGUGUUUUAUUUCACCAAA